GUUGCAUGUUGAUGGGGGGAGUGUUUGUUUGAAGUGCGAAUUUUAAAAUUCAGCAUGACAUCUGGAAAGGAAAUAUUGACAAUACAGCUAGGUCAUUAUGCGAAUUUUGUGGGUAGUCAUUGGUGGAAUAUACAGGAAAUGGGUUUUGACUACACUGGUGCAUCAGUAUCAGACAUAAACCAUGAUGUCCUUUAUAGAGAAGGUAAAACAGACAAGGGGUAUGUGACAUUUACACCAAGGCUUCUAUUAGUUGACUUGAAAGGCAGCCUACGCCAUCUUCCUGAACAGGGAGAUUUAUAUGAAGAGGUUCCUGACUCCAGUAAUGUAAAUGUAUUAUGGCCUAAAGAGAAAGUCGAUGUUAUACAAGCUCCAAAGCCAGAAAAAAAUGAAUUUUUAGAAGAUUUGUCUAAAGAGCACAUGGAACCAGAAGAAAUUCCUUUGAAGAUUUAUGAUCUUGAUAAUGAAGUCAAUGUAUGGUCAGACUUCUUGCGAACUCGUUAUCAUCCAAGGACAACAACAGUUAUAAAUAAAUAUCAGCAUGGAAAUUCUGCUCAGACCUUUGAUGUAUAUAAUUAUGGACUAAGUUUAUGGAAGACACAUGAUUUUGAAGAAGAAUUUACAGACAAGAUCCGUCAGUUUGUUGAAGAAUGUGAUAGUAUGCAGGGCUUUCAAAUAAUCGCAGAUAGCACAGAUGGAUUUUCUGGCUUAUGUAGUGGGUUACUGGAACACCUGGCAGAUGAGUAUCGAGGAAAGAGUUCUCUUACAUUUCCUACUAUUCGUUCCACAUACCCAGGCAGCACGCCGCUUCAAGACAGCAUUCGUACAGUGAACAUAUUGUUAGGAUUUACAAGUUGGGCAGAGCACAGUUCACUGUUGGUUCCUCUGAGUACAGCCUCUUCCGGAUGGCGGACAGUUGGCCCACCUCGUCACUUUCCAUUGCUACAGUAUAAUGCAGAUCUGUUGUACCACAGCAGUUCACUGAUAGCAACUGCACUGGAAACUUUGACGUUACCGUGGCGACUGCGAACACCACCAUCUUCGCUUGGUGACAUGUGCAGUGGGUUAUCAUGCGUUGGCAGAACGUUUGCUGCAGCCAGUCUCUCUCUGCCCUUCAGUUUAAAAGAAGAUGCUUUCCUACUAGACACAUUGGAAAAUUGGGAUGGUCCCCUCUGGGAAAGCCUGACACCUAGCUGUCCACUACAAGAGGACCGUAUAUGGAUACAGUCUCUAACUCUACGAGGCGUUCCUGCCACUAAACUUAAAAGGUCAAAUGGGGAUCCAAGGAGCCCAGCAUACUCGUGUUCUUCUGUACAGGAGAUGCUGUCUCUUUUCUUAUCCUGUUGUUCAUAUGCUACUGCUUCACAAGUGACAACAAGUGAAAAGCCUCUUGCUGUAACUUCACCAUUUCCUCAGUUUUUCUCAAAAAUGGUUACACCUAAUGGUUCAUUAAGUACCAAGGAAAGACCACCAGAAACUUGUGUACAUUCUGUUCCUGCACUGGCUGGCCUUCACAGCACCAAAGGAGUUGGCACUAUGCUGGAGUCCUUGCACACUGAAGCAUCUCGACUUCACAUGACGCGGAUGCAUCAGUUUCGUAGCUCAGGCCUCGAAGAUGAUGAAUAUAAUGAGUGCCUUUCAGCUCUGUUGGAGUUACGUGAUUGUUACCGUGAGGAGUUUGAUGUCUGAAACAUCAUAAUAAUUUUCACCAUUUAGGUUGUGACAAUAAAAUGUUCCAAGAUUAUACUAUCUUGGUUUCUGCACAAGAUAUGAAAAAUCCAUAGGCACUGGCCAUGGAACAAACAUUAAAGCAGAUAUUCUUACGGAGAGAAAUAAUAUUUCAGAAAUCAAAAGCCAGAGUGAUUUUACCAGUUUAAUUGCAUAUUUUAAUUCUGUUACGAGAUGGCCUCAGAACAGUGGUAAUUUUUUUUCUUUAUGGAGAGUUAAUUUUUCGAUAUUUUUGUCUCUUGCAGUGGUAAAUCUUGCCUUUCUGACGUCGGUAAUUCCAUGGCAGUUUCUUUAAAGUCUAAUACACUUACAAACGUCAAAGACAUUAGUGUGUUGUUGUUGUGGUCUUCAGUCCUGAGACUGGUUUGAUGCAGCUCUCCAUGCUACUCU